AGCCACUUUCACGCAACUGCCCCGCUCCGCAGUCCACGAAAACCUGGAAAAUAUAGUUUUUUAUUCUUUUUAGUUGGAAACAUGGAACACCUUGUAAAUAAACAACUGUAUGCAAACAGUCUCAACUUUAAAAGAUCGCUGGAUCGAAUUAUAGACAAGUACUCAAAGCUUCGGGAAGAAGAUGGGGGGAUUGAUGUGGACCUGAGCAAAGUGAAACCUGACACUCUUCAACAAUACAUUAACUUGUCCAGAAAAGAGCUGAAAACACUGCAAUCAAAGAGGCUGACAGAAUCGAGCGAGGAGUCAUUCGGUGUGCAAGACUUUCCCGGAGAUGCUCAGUUUGAUGUCACUCAUGAAGAAAAUGGAGGAGAUGAGACCUUUGGCUCCAACGCUCAGUUUGGAGUUGACAAUCACGAAGAAACCGUUGGCUCUCUGCAGACGAGCUCCAGAAGCUUUUCUGAGAGCCGCCUGCAGCCGGAGGACGAGGACGAGGAGCUGCAGAUGUCUCUGAGCAGCAACGGCAGCUCCCUGGUGGAGCUGUACCCCGGCAUGGUCAGCCGGAUCGAGAAGGCCUGGCGCCGGCAGCGCGUGUCCGAGGCCGCCGACUCGGUGCUGCGCCGCUACCGCCGCUGGCGCCAGCAGCCCCGGAGGGGCCCGCUGGACAGCACCUUUGACCUCACGCUCGGGCCCCCGAAAGGCCGGCCCGGGUCAGCCCCCCGUUCCGCCCCACCGGUGGACGGCCUGUGGGCCGGCGGCCGGACGCAGCGCCCAGGCCCCGCCAGGUCCCACCAGGUGCGCGUGAUGGACUUCUCGGAGGCGUCCGAACCCGAGGACGUCCCUCUGAACCGGACCUUCACUCUGUGUCGGCGGUCCCCGUCCAGACCUCCCCAGUGGGCGGAGCGGGCGUCCAUCAGCUGCGGCUGCCCCUCGCCGCGCGGCCGCGGCCUGGCCGAGGCGUCCCAGCAGCGGGCGCUCUUAGGGUCAUCGCCGCAGCGCCAGGGCCGCUCUGCCACAGACGAGACGCCCGGCGUCCACUGCUCCCCGCUCAGGCCGAGUCCCCUCCGGCCGCAGGCCCUGACCGCCAGCAGCCGGAAGCCUCGCGGGUUUGUUAGGAGACCGGACUGUUCGCUGGACCGAACGGGGCAGAGGUCAGCGUCCGCGUCUCUGUCGUCCCCUCGGAGGCCCGUUGUGCAGCUGAAGAUGCUCUGCCCUCCGGCCCCCCAGGAGCCGCCGCCGCUAGCCCCCACCGCACCGUCCGGCGGCGGUCAGCACACGCCCCGGCGCCACCUCUCCUUCACCUCCUCGCUGGCGCCCGGCUCGCCCAAGAAAGUGGACGAGGACUUCCUGAAGCUGUACCACGAGUUUGCGUGCCUGAACCGGUCGCCCUCCUUCAGCGGCCCCCCCUGCCGCCUGUGCGCCCGCAGCUCCCGGCCGGCCGGCGGCGGCGGUCACUCGUCCUCGGCCCUGGCGGCGCUGGCCCUGUCCCCCCACCGCCCCGUCCUGAGGAAGCGCCACGGGGAGCUGGCGUGGGACGACAGCCCCCGGUCCAAGCGGGUCAGGGGGGAGCCCUGCGGAUACUCGCCGGGAUGUUCGAGAGCAGAGCUGGGGUACUUCUCCACCGUACUGGAGCUGUGGGGUCACCACUCCAGCUCCACCGGAUAUUUCCCCGUCAGGCAGGCCGUGCAGUGGCCCACUUUCCCUCUACAGCCGUUACUGGAGCCCAUCUCGUCCUCUUUGAGGGAGGUUAUCCCCUCCUGGACGGCCGAUACCAGGCCCUCCACGAAGUUUGAUAAUGGGGGAGAUCGUGUUGCCCCUGACGAUGGAGUCGUCGAUCAGCACCACUCGUUUCCCGGCAAAGUUGUCCGUCAAUACCCCAAACUUCUUGGCGACUCCCAGUUGCCUCAAGCGGAACCUCCAUGUAGGGAAGACCAGACUGAGAGGAGGAGCAAAACAAACAAACAAACAAACAGAAAGAAAGAACGGCACACAGCUGUGAGGGGGGAGCUCCAGCAGGUGGUUCUGCAGCGUCUGGGGGAUGGCUGGUGGACACACCUGCUGAGCGUAACCCAGGGCGGCGGGGGUGGCCGACUCCGGGACGGUGCUGACCACGUCCGCGUCUGUCGGGGCCUCGAUGGCCAGCUGCCGGCCGCAGCGCUGCCUGACCGUGUACACCAUCUGUCCUGU